AAUGUACGACCCCUCGUACUUUUGGAUUUCGGCGGUUGGAACGGAAGUCAAUCCGAAGGCAGAUUCGAGUCCAACGUAGGAUAACAUUUGAACUAGGAACAAAAUGGCAGUAUCCAUGGCGUUCGCUGGGCUCGGACCGACCGCACCGGUGUUGACGCGCUGCUUGCUGACCAAAAAUUCAAAAAAAGUUGGCUUCUUSACCCAGGCACCGUCUUCCCGCAUYCUCAAGCCGGCUGCAUACCUUCGCAUCUUUUCAAUUUCCCAAUCGAAUCCCUUUUGCCUACUCGGGUCGKUGUCCCAUCGCUCGAGCAAGCUCGCCUCGUAAGUGGAGGUAUCCACGAGUUGGAUCUUGUCUUGACGAUUCGGAAUCCCUCUGCCUUCCACUCGCAAUCGAGUAGGGAUGCCCUCAUUAAAGUGGAAUGGAGUAWWAUCAUCUCCAUCUUGGUGUAAAUCUUCUUCAGUUUCGACCUUCUCUUUUUCUAGACCGGAAACAAAUAGCGAUGAAGAUGUUCUGACUGGCCCCGCGAUCUGAGCUCUUGGCACAAACGCAUCGGUCGACACAGUCAACGAUGCGAAGACCAAGAAAUUAGACAAAGCCACAGAAUUUAUGUUCAUUUUCAGAUUUUGGCCCUGUAUCAACUUUCAGUAAUGCUUUUUCAACAGCAGUAUCGCGAAUCGUCUUGAAACUGGUAAAUGAGAGUAGAUUGUGGCCAGAAGCCCAGGAUUGCACUUUUGUCGCUUGUAAUUUCUUCGAAUACCGYUGUGCUCAAUAGAAGACGGGAGAAGAA